AUGAGUGAUAAUUCUGAAGGAGAUAGAAAUAGUGGCCACAAUGAAUAUGGAGGAGCAAGCUCCACAGAGAGAAAGAAUUUGGGCAGAAAACAUACUCGUUAUACCAGUGAUCAAGUUGAAGUAAUGGAAGAAGUGUUUAAGAUGUUGCAACAUCCUGACGAAAAGGACAGACAAGAACUAAGCACUAAACUGGGUCUCACAUCACAGCAAAUUAAAUUCUGGUUUCAGAACCGGCGCACGCAAGUAAAGGUUCAGCAGGAGCGUACUGACAACGCUAAUUUGCGUACGGAAAACGAGAGAUUCCGACUGGAUAGACAGGCGCUGAGAAAUACACUUAACAAUAUCAGGUGUCAAACGUGCGGAGGAUCUAAUUUCAUAACAGAGAUGGUUUACAAACAGCAAAGCUUGGCUCUAGAAAAUGAGCUUUUAAGAACGGAGAACAAUCCCCUUGUUAGAAACCAGAGCAGAUCAAUCACAGAUGGAAGCUCAGGACAGAACCAGAUUACAUUGCCCACACCCACUUGUGUUUCAUUUGAUGAAUCCUCGGCAAUGGAAGCUGCGCAAAAGGCCACUGAAGAAUUUAUCUGGAUGGUAGACGCAAACGAGCCUGUUUGGGUGAAGAAACCUUUUGCGGAUGGUACAAUAGAAAUUCUGAAUACGAAUCAGUUGUACGGAACAUUUCCUCAGGGCAUGGGGCUCAGCAGCAACAUGAAGAGAGAAGGCAGCAGGGACACCUCAAUUGUUUCUAUCACAGGAGCUGAAUUGGUUGAUCUCUUCAUGGAUGUGAAUAAAUGGAAGAAAAUAUUUUCAUUAAUUGUAACAAGAGCAGAGACCUUGCAAGUUGUGUCUCAAGGGGUUGGUGGUCACAGAAAUGGUUUACUUCAACUGAUGUAUGCUGAGCUACAGAUUCUAUCUCCUCUUGUUCCCACGAGACAUAUAUCUUUUCUUCGGUUUUCCCAGCAGCCAACCAAUGGAAUGUGGAUAGUGGUAGACUUUUCUCUAGAAAAUUUGAACUACAGUAUUUCGCCCUCCGUUGGAUGGUACCAUAAGCAUCCGUCUGGAUGUGUUAUACAAGAUAUGCCUAAUGGGUGUUUAAAGGUGAUUUGGAUAGAGCAGGGUGAGACAGAUUAUAGAAUAGUUCAUAAAAUAUUUGAGCAAGUCAUCAACAGCGAAAUGGCCUUUGGCGCCCAGCAUUGGCUGACAUGCUUGCAGAGGCAAUGCUGUUGGUUUAAAACUCUAGUAGAUCUCACCAGCGAAGGAGAUGUUUCCCGGACAAAUAUGAUAAGAUUGGCGCAGAACAUAAGCAGUCAAUUUGUUGCAAACAUAAGUGCACUCUCACAAUCCAGCAACGACCCUAUUAAAAUCACAACAAGAAACGCUUCCGAAGUGGGACAAUCCAGUGGUGUUAUUGUCUGUGUUGGAACUUCUAUCAAGCUUUCUGUCCCCCCAAACGUACUGUUUAAUUUUUUGGGGGAUGAGCGAACCGCAUCAAAGUACAAACUAUUAUCAUGUGGAGAAUGGAAGGAACUCACAAGCAUUGGAAAUGGAUCAGACCCUUCAAAUUGCAUUUCAUUGUUUGAUGUUUAUUGUGAAGGCGAGACAGAGAAGAUGCUGAAACAUAGUUACAGAGACGCAUCGGGGUCUUUUUGUGUGUAUACAGCCAUAAAUGUUGACAUCAUCCAUGGUAAGGAUGCUUCUUCAUUACCCAUUGCCGCUCAUCAUGGAUUUGCAGUACUACCAUAUCACACUUCAACUGCCGUUAAUUCACUUAUACCAACCACUAUAUUACAUGAGGAAGCCUCGGCCACCAGCCUUGACAGUGUAGGUUCAGUACUUACACUAAUAUUCCAAAAUAUUGAGACAGAGUUUACCAACUGCAGUCUGAGCGGUGCAUAUGUUGAAAAAAUCCACAAUACUAUGAAUAACACCAUCCAAAGAAUAAAAAAAUUUCUGGCAUUGUAUAGAUGA